AUGGCGGGGCCCUCAACGUCGUUCGCGGCACCGUACACCGCUCAGCUAAGCAUAGCUGGGCCCUCCACGUCGUUUGCGACGCCAUACUCCGCCCAGCCAAACACGGCUGGGCCCUCUGGGUCAUACCAGGCCAUGGCGUCCAGGUCGCCCGUCGAGCACCCCGUAGUCGACUUCGAGAACGCCUCGAGCGACGAUGAGGUCGACGAGCACCGGAUACGGCGGCUGGCGGAACGUCGGAGGUACCGCGAAGCGCGUCGCAACACCGGCGCGCAGGCUGCGCCCGGACAAGGCGCGCCUUUUUCGAUGAGCUCCUCCACGGCUCAGUCAACAUGCGUGGUGCCAGGAUGGCCCCACCACCUCAUGGCCCUCCCUACGGAUAGCGACCCACGGCUGACGGGGCACUACUACAACUACGUGCCGUUGAGUGGCAACGAUGCUAGUCGCCUUAUCAACGACGCGCAGACCGACACGGGCAAGAUCGCGCACCGCGUCCGCGACCUCAUAGGCCAGGUCAAUCGAAGGCCUGAGCUAACGGGAGUGCGCGGUCUGCAAGUGUUGCAGUCGCAGUGGCGCCGCCCAGAAGGGCCGCGUGGAGCUUCGCCUCGGGGAGACACACCCCCGGGCUACGAACACAUGUCGACGUCGCAUCUUCCCCGGCCCACACGCGCGGGACCGGACUGGAAGGAGAUCAAGCGGCAGAAACGAGCUGCGCGCACCGAGCCCGCGUACAACCAGCCGACGCUCGACGACAGCGUCGGUGACUGGCAGAACUGGAUGUCUGCGGGCAGGGGCCGCAUUCCUGUGUGGAUGGAACGCGAGUUCGGCGGCAGGAGGCCGACCGAGUUCAGCGUGGCCUUCCACCUGCUCUCGCGGCAGCUCAUUCCGCGAGACACUCCGACCGCCGAACGCGGUCGUUGGAUCAGCAUGACCAGCUGGUUGUUCUCGGUGCCUGGACUUUACCAGCACCUGGUCAACACUGGCCAAUACCCGGUGGCUAGUCAGUUCCGCCCGGCGCCGUAUCCCAACGACGUUGGCUUCGCGACGCUCUUUCAGAUGGCGCGCUGGUACGCCUCGCGCGGCGUCACCGUGCUGAUGGCGGACCGGUACAUGCUGCUCGCGCGGCGCAACCGCAACGAGCGUGGAGGCCGCGAGGUAACCGACAACUCGCCCUUCACGGAUGGUGGACCCAACAACAUCAACGAUGUUGGGUAUGUACCCAACAACAUGGCGUUGGGGCCUAUCGACGAGAGCGACGCUCCGCUCAUGGCGAUGCCCGGCACAAUCGUCGCCGACCAUCCCAUGCAGGUCGAGCCCGACAACGUCCCAGCACCCACCGUCGCGCCUACCACCACAGAUGCUCCGCCCGCGUCGAUUACCUCGGCGACUACAAUCGCCGAGGAGGCUGCUCCUCCCCCAUACAGUCCCACUAGGCCUAUGGAGGACGUCCAGGGCACGGCGGACGCUGCGUCUGUCGGGUCCCGGGUGCCAUCCCCGGCGCCUCGCUCAACGGCGGGGUCGGGGUCCAGUCGCGCCAGCUCCCCCACCCACGUUCCCUCUCCCGCAUCCGCAUAA